UCUUCACCACUUCCAGAAUAACCUGACAGACGGGGAAGAAGAUUUGCCUGAAGACGGUUUCUCUGUGUUGUCGGUGCUUCUAGUUGGAUUUCUCUUCCUGAUCUUGAUAUUUUUAUCCGUCGCGGGCAACAUUCUGGUCUGCGUGGCGAUUUACACGGACCGCGGCUUACGGAGGAUAGGAAACCUCUUCCUGGCCUCCCUCGCGAUCGCCGACCUGUUCGUCGGUUGUCUGGUCAUGACGUUCGCCGGGGUGAACGAUCUCCUCGGCUACUGGGUCUUUGGGCCGCGAUUCUGCGACACGUGGAUCGCCUUCGACGUUAUGUGCAGCACUGCCUCCAUUCUCAACCUUUGCGCGAUCUCCCUCGAUCGUUACAUUCACAUCAAGGAUCCUCUCAGAUACGGUCGUUGGGUAACGAGAAGAGUCGCGGUAGCGGGAAUCGCUAUCGUGUGGUUGCUCGCGGGACUCAUAUCCUUCGUACCGAUCAGCCUAGGCCUUCACCGCGCGGACGAACCCGUAGUCUACGAUGACGGUAAAGAGGAACACCCUACGUGCGCCUUAGACCUUACACCCACCUACGCGGUAGUUUCUUCUUCCAUAUCUUUUUACGUGCCCUGCAUCGUGAUGCUGGGGAUUUAUUGCAGACUCUACUGCUACGCACAGAAACACGUAAAAAGCAUCCGAGCAGUAACGAAACUGCCAGACACGUCAAUGGCCAAGAGCUUUCGCGCGAAGAGUACACGCAAUAAGCCGCCGAAACCGCAAACGAAGACGAAGCCGACGAGCCCUUAUCAUGUGUCCGAUCACAAAGCAGCCAUAACCGUGGGCGUUAUCAUGGGCGUUUUCUUGAUAUGCUGGGUACCCUUUUUCUGCGUGAACAUCGUCGCCGCAUAUUGCAAAACCUGCAUAUCGGUUCGAGCAUUCCAAGUACUCACUUGGCUCGGCUACAGCAACUCGGCCUUCAACCCGAUCAUCUACAGCAUCUUCAACACGGAGUUCCGUGAAGCGUUCAAGAGAAUCCUGACGAAGGGCGCGCGAAGUCGUGGAAAUCAACCGUCGACCAGCGAAUGCGGUGAAUUUCGUUCCGUGGUCGUGCAAAAACGAAACGGGUCUAUGAUCGAGUGCAAUAUUAGCCCGAGAUCGAGCGCGGACAGUUGUCAAGUUGGAAUUAUGGCGCAAAGACACCGCGAUACCAUCGUCAGCGCUAUAUAAAUCGAGUCAACCCUUCGAAUUUGAUCUUCCUAUCGAAACGAGACGCGCGUAUGAUUCACGAUUUUCUAUCGCGAAACCGUAAAUGAAAUUGCGAAGAUCGACAACGCUUCGUUGUUCCAUUCGCUGCGCUGGUUUCGUGCGUGGUUUAGCGCCGCGUAAUUAUCGAAUAAUUUUUUUUUAUCGAAAUGAACAACGUUAUGGGCGUUCGAUGUGUAAUUCUGUUUUUUCUUUUUCUUUUUUCAAGUUCCCUUAUAAUAAUGGAAGGAAGAUACUUUGUAAACGUUUAGGACAGCGAUCGUAAUCGUCGUGGCGAAACUUGACGAGAAAGUUCAUCGUGCAACGUUCCAGGUAACGCGUUACAAAAUCUAUGAUAUUUCGUUGAGGCGCGGAGUACGUUAUCGAACUUUUUCUCGACAAAAGAAACGUCUUUUGGCUAUCGAAAACGUAUGCUAAUUAAGGAUAAUUAGGAUCAUUCGGACACGAGUAGAAAAGGAAAAAGUUCAACAUCGUAUUUCCGUCUUGUCGGUAUAAAAUCGGUAUUAGAAACGUGACACGGAACGAACGACGAGUUAAACGAGGAAUUUUUUUACCGAGUAUUUUUUUAAUCGUGGAGAACGAAAGGAAGCGAACAAAAAAGAAGAAGAUUAACGUAAAGACAAUCACCGGAAGGUAGUUCAAGACAUAUCCCCGAGACAUAAUCGAUCUAUUUAAAAAAAGAGAUAAUUUAAAAAUCGAACAGGAAAAAUAUCAAUUUGAAAAGAAAUUCGUGCGUAGAAAGAUUUGAGUAUAGUACUUAGAAUACGUUCUCGUAAAGCAAUUGUAAUUUAUUGAAAUCGUGUUGAUAGCGCAUCUACGAUGUAAAAGUGAAUAUUAUACGAAGCACUAAUAGUAACGUCUGUCGAAUCGUAGCUUAUUAGUAUUAGGAUCGCGGUAGGACCCGCGCAAAUUCAUUUUCCAUCUUGUACAUAAUCAUUUAUUUAUUUUUCUAUUUGACGGGACACCAAGACGUGGUCCACGUACCUUUGCAUUUUAAGCGAUGUUUCGUUUAGGUGCUAACGUGUCGCAAAACUCGUCGUACAACCCGUCGAAUCUAACUCGAAUCUGCGUCGUAUAUCCAAACGAAGAAAAUCCUCGCGAAACGAGGAUCGAUCGAUGCUCGUUGAGCUUCUUCCGUACAUCUAUAUCUGCGAUGCAAAGUGCACUGUGUUCCGGCCAGAGAGAGAGAAACGCGGCAAAACACAAAAAACGGAGGAAGGGAAGCAAAAAUUUCGAUAUCCUAGUUAAACGAAGCAAAAGAGAUCCUCUUUCGUCGGAACGACACGUGUGCGAUGUUGAUGUAUACUAACGAUAUAAUUGAAUGACCGUUUUCUGUAAAUAUAUUAGCGUAAGACUUC